AUGUGGCGAAGCCUAAUUUUGCGAUCUCGCAAUGGGUGUCUCAGUUGUAAAAAAUUAAAAAUCAAGUGCAAUGAGGCCAAGCCAAUAUGCGAAUAUUGUCUACACAGAUCAAAAAAAUGCAUAUAUCCAGAUUCAGGGCAAGCAGUUCAAGUUCAAUAUAUACCAGUGUUGGUGAAGGAGAAUUAUUAUGCAGAAGCUAUUGCUCACAGUGACGCAAACCUAUCAUGUAUCGAUGCUUCCCCAACAAUUACAUUAAACCAGCAAGGUAAUAGUGUAAUGGAAGACAACUUUGAAGCAAGCUCCGAAGAAACGUCAAAAAAAAACUGUUUUCAUGAAUUGCAAGAACCUGCAAGUGAAACAAUUUAUUCGCCCACAUCGUCAACCCCAUCAUACUUGAGCUCUUUUACAUCUUCUCCUGCAAAUAUAGUCAGUUCUCUUUCAGGCCAUUUUUUCACAGAAAAAGAUCAACUAACAAGAAACUUGAUGCUUACACAAACAACCACAAUGUUGGGAAUACUGAACUAUGAAUUGAGAUUGUUGAAAUUUUUUGACUGUGCAUGCAUCAAUCUGUACUGCAAAAGCAUGAAAAACGAAAUGUUUCUUGCAUGGAAAUAUAAAGUCCCUCAGCUUUUUCUUCAAAGUGACCUUGUACGGCUGCUGAUGUUUUCACUAGCUGCAACUGCGUUGAGCGCGGUAAUGGAGAUUGAUGUUUCGGAUAGAAAUAAUCCUGCGCAUUCGUUUGGAGGCAAUGAUUGGGAAUUUGAUGAAGAUGUUUUCAAAAAAGAUGUUGUGAAACAAUACCAAGCGGAAGCAAAUGAUGAGUGGUGUGAGGAAGAUAAUGUGCACGUACAAGCAACAAUGUAUUUUGAUAAAACUGUUAGUGGAACCAAACGUUUAGUUGGUACUUUGUUGCAUAAACAAUUGAGCCCACAAGAUGUUUCAAUUGCAAAAGAGUUGACGGUUUCAGGGAUUCUAAUGUUUACAUUCCUCGGAGUCCAACUGCAUGGAUUGUGUAAAUUGAUUGAAUUUGAAAACCAAGAUGAACCAGAUAUGAUCUCCAUUGCUGCUGGAGUGCGAAAUACCAUGCGAAAAUGUGAUUCACUUGUAAGACAAUCGGAUCUUAGAGGAAUCUUGUAUUCUGAAGAAGGUGAUAAAUGUCAAAGUGAUGACCUAAAUUAUUCAGCAUUUUUGAAGAACUGCAAUUAUCCGAUAAUCAAGGAUUUAUUUAAUCACUUGUGUGACUAUCUAGGCACUGAUGAAAUAAGUUAUCAAUCAUCACAAACGGAACAGAUCUUGACAAGACACGUUGAAAAAUUGCGAGUAGCACUUUAUGAAUGUCUGAGCUCAAGACAACCAACGUCACUUUUCAUUUAUCUAAUGGACUUUACUGAGGAGUUCAAGCACCUACUAUACGCAAAAAAUCCAUAUGCUCUACGGAUAUUGUAUGUUUACUCGUGUCUCAAUUUCAUUGCUAGGUUCCAUGUGCGUGUCGAUAAAAAUAUCUGGCAAGAUUAUAUGGUGUGGUAUAAAGAAGAACUGGAACGACAAGGUUGGGGUUGGUACGAAAUAGACCAUUGUUUAUUUCAACUCGUUAUUCACGACCGAUUUAUGGUAUGCAUGUUUGAAAAUUUCGACAAGUUGGACCCAAUAAAGUUGUAUUGGGGAUCUCAUAAUGAAUUUGCAAUACUCGACAAGUAUAUCAUGUAG